CUCUCCUCCCCAACAAACAUUUUUAUCCCGCACCAUUCUCCUCUCACUCUCACUCACUUCCUUUCCACUCAGUCACAAACACUCUCUCUUCUCUCUUCUCUUCUCUGUCUUAUCUGUGAGCUCAUUCAACCUCUUCCUCUUCCUCUUCCUCUUCCAUCCCAGCACCACCAUCAAUGGCUCUUCUCCUAGACAACUGCGAAGGCAUUCUCCUCUCCCUAGACUCCCACAAAUCAGUCCCCGCUCCCUUCCUCACCAAAACCUACCAGCUCGUCGACGACCCCGCCACCGAUCACAUCGUCUCCUGGGGCGAAGACGACACCACCUUCAUCGUCUGGCGGCCACCGGAGUUCGCCAGAGACCUCCUCCCUAACUACUUCAAGCACAACAACUUCUCCAGCUUUGUCCGCCAACUCAACACAUAUGGUUUCAGGAAAAUCGUUCCAGAUAGAUGGGAGUUUGCUAACGAGUUCUUCAAGAAAGGAGAGAAGCAUUUACUCUGCGAGAUCCACCGCAGAAAAACCGCUCAACCCAACCAAACCGGCAUCAACCACCACCACCACGGUGGUUUCUUCCCGUUUUCAAGUAGAGCAAGCAUCUCUCCAGAUUCUGAGGAUUUACAACAGCAAACCAACUGGUGCGACUCUCCGCCGCCGCUCAUCACUUCUUCUUCCCCCAAAGGCGUCUCCGCCGCCACGGCAGCGGCGGCGAUGAUGAUGAACAGCGGAGCCAGCUACGGCACUUCUGUCACUGCGCUUUCUGAAGAUAAUGAAAGACUCAGGCGAAGCAACAACAUGCUCAUGUCCGAGCUCGCUCACAUGAAGAAGCUUUACAAUGAUAUCAUCUACUUCGUUCAGAAUCAUGUGAAGCCGGUGGCACCAAGUAACUCUUAUUCUUCUUCUUCUAUGCUUCUCUGCAACACAGUAGCAUCAUCAACCCCUAUUCCUAGCAAUGUUCCAUUGAUGCAGAGGCCAAUGAAUCAGGUUAUGGGGUAUUAUUCUACUAACCCUAAGCAAGUUUCUCAUAAUCACCACCACCACCAUCAACCUCAAAAUCAAACCAAUGUUGUUGUGAACUCUCCAACCAACACAUCAAGAAGCUCCAUAACCGUUUCUGGAGAGGCUAAUAAUAACAACAGUAGCAACAACACCUGCAAGACUAAGCUUUUUGGGGUCUCUUUACAGUCCAAGAAAAGAGUGCACCCUGAUUCAGACACCAACAAGCUAGCUCGCUUGGUUUUGGAAAAAGAUGAUCUAGGCUUAAAUCUCAUGCCUCGUUCCACUUGUUAGCGCGUGUUUGUUCGAAUACCAGUUGAGUUAACAUGAUAACACAUGAGUUUCGUUCACUUUUUAGUGACGGUUAGCACUUGCGCCAACCAGUAUCAAAACAUAUGUCAUUAGUAUCUUGAAAUCUUGAAAUCCAAAGCUAGAAGUAGCUAGUUUCUUUUUACAUGUUUUUUUUUUUGAAUUCUUGAAUCCUUCAAGUUUUGAUGAGUCUGGGAGAGGAGGCAAAUGGUAUUGAUGGGAACAUGUUAGUGUGCGUGCGUGUGACUGUUUUUCUGUUUGUGAUUCUGUGUACAUAUAACUUAGUGCCCAUAUUAUCUUUGUUGUUCCAAACUCAUCAUCACUAUUGAUGUAGGUGAUGGGUUUUGGUAAGAUUAAAAAACAAAUUAUUUAUGCCAACUUUAAAUGCUCAUGAACUUCUUCUCUUUGUGCUCAA